GUGCCUGAGAGUAGCCUCGCUUUGAGUCAGUUUGUCAGGCGUCCGCGGCGGACAGCCCAAUUCUGGACGGGGUCCUUGGACCGCUCCACUAGAAGACGAAGGGGGCGUCUCCCCAGCUCCUGCGGCGUCGGUGGCGAGCUAAGGUGGAGGCCGGCAGCAGCAGCGACAGCGACGGCGACAGUGGCGGCGGUGCCAUGGCGGGGCUCGCAGGAUCCCUGCUGCCUUGGUGAUCCCGGGCUGACAGCCAGAGAGCACAGCGGCUCAGCUCCUGGAGAGAGAGUCGAAGAAAACGAAGGGCAGCCACCCGUGCCUGCUGGCCCCCAUUAGGUCGGUUCCUGCAGCGGUGCCUGGCGGCCUUGGUGAAGGCCCUGCCCGGCAGAGAUCAUGUAUUGCCUCCAGUGGCUGCUGCCCGUCCUCCUUAUCCCCAAGCCCCUCAACCCCGCUCUGUGGUUCAGCCACUCCAUGUUCAUGGGCUUCUACCUGCUCAGCUUCCUCCUGGAACGGAAACCUUGCACGAUAUGUGCCCUGGUCUUCCUGGCAGCCCUCUUUCUCAUCUGCUAUAGCUGCUGGGGCAAUUGCUUCCUGUACCACUGCUCCGAUUCCCCGCUUCCAGAAUCAGCCCAUGACCCCGGUGUGGUGGGCACCUAACGUCUGCCGAGAUAGCUUGCCACGAAGCAGAAGACGGGAGGGGAGGCAUUGACAUAGGUCAUAAAGCAUUGGAGUUUCAAACCCCGCAGCCCUGCGGGUACCACAUUCCUAA